AUGACUGCCGACUCUAAGACGAUCGUGCUCGUGACCGGUGCCAAUCAGGGCAUUGGUUUCGAGAUUGCGAAAAAGCUCAAUGUCGAGCAUGAGAACUAUCAUGUCAUCAUGGCAGGACGGAGGAAACAAGCCAUCGAGGAAGCCGCGGAGAAGCUUCGAGGACAGGGGUUCUCAGUCGAGCCCCUCGUGCUCGAUGUGACAUCCGACGACUCCAUCGACGCAGCAGCCAAAGCUGUCAGCGAGAAGCAUGGUCACUUGGAUGUGCUCAUCAACAAUGCCGCCAUUUCCAACGUCUCCCACUCUGCCGAUGGCAAGCCGCUCUCAACACGCGAGCAGUUUCUUCGCAUCCUCGACACCAACGUCGCGGGCGUCCAAGCAGUGACGGACGCGUUCAUACCGCUGCUAGAGAAGUCGACAAAGACCAAGCGCAUUGUGUUUAUCAGCUCGGCGUUGGGCAGCGUGAGCCUCAAGGGUGAUGUGAGUCUCGGGUCUCCCGUCCGCAAGGCGGAGUAUAUACAUUAUACCACGUCCAAGUCGGCAUUCAACCAACUGGCGCUGCACUAUGCGGUGCGCUACGAGGACAAGAAGGACUGGAAAUUCAACCUUUGCUGCCCUGGGUUCUGCGCAACGAACCUGAACGGCUACGCGGGCACGGAUACACCAGAGAGCGGGGCUAUCAACGCGUGUCGGCUGGCUACGCUGGGGCCUGAUGGAGAGACAGGAACGUAUACCAACAAGGAAGGAACCAUCCCUUGGUAA